CAAGCUGCCGUUAUAACCUGAAGAAGAAGUAGUCCGUAUGGGCUAAACCAGGUUGUUGUUGCGUUGUUCCAGCUCUGAUAAUAUGUCAGCAACCAUGUCUUCAGUUCAGCAUCUCAGAGAGUUUAUCAGAGAGCGACUAACUGCUGCUGCUCAAGAAAUCUUCACAGAGGUUGAAAAAAYCAUCAUUUGCUACGAGGAAGAGCUCGAUGCUCAGCGCAGAAUGAUGGGGAUCGACUGGAAUCCAGAAAUAGAGCUACACACAGUCGGUUCGGAGCUGCAGGGACAAAGUUCUGACCUCCAACAACCAAGUGUCUCCAGUGAGGAGGAAGAUUAUCCCAUCCAACAAGUCUGGAGCCUGGCAAGUAGGUCCAGUCAGGACAAGAAAGAAGCAGAACAUCAGUGGACUGAAGAGGAACAGAUGGAACCAGAAACUAAAUGGAUUAAAAAAGAAGAGGAGGAACCAGAACUAACACUGCUCAAACAUGAGGAAAUAGAAUAUUCACUAAUGUACGUAAAAAAAGAGGAACUAGAUUAUUCACUGCUUGAACAUGAACAGCAGCCACCAGAACAUUUACCAACUGGACAGGACCAGAAGGACCUCUGCAGCAGUCAGGAGGGAGAGCAGCUUGUCCAGAAACAGUUUGUUGCUUUGACUUCUACUCUUCAGGAAGAUGAUAUGAGAGAAGAGACGAGAACAAAGCAGCUUUCCCUUCAUUUCUUUCCAGUGGUUGAGAGCAAAGAUCAGAAAGGAAGCAGCUGCUCUGAGUCAGAGAGUCAGUCUGAUACUGGCACAAAGAAAAGAUCUUUCAAAUGUGACAUUUGUGGGAGAUGUUACACAACACAGUGGAAGUUGAAAAACCAUUACAGAACCCACACUGGUGAGAGACCUUCAUGUGAAACAUGCAGAAAAAGUUUUUCACGAAUGAGUCACUUAAAACGUCACAAGAAAAUUCAUACAGGUGAGAGACCUUUUUCAUGCGAAUCAUGCGGAAAAAGUUUUUCACGGAUGAGUCACGUGAUUCGUCACAAGAAAACUCAUACAACUGAGAAGCUUUUUUCAUGCAAGUCUUGUAAAAAAAACUUCAAUCGAAAGGAUAUGUUGAGCAACCACAUGAAAAUGCAUUCAGGUCAGGGGCCUGAAUGCCCCUGACCUGAAAGCCAUACCUGUGUAAAAGCCAUUCCUGUGUAAAAGAAAAUGUUCUUUGUAAUUGAUUUCUUAAAUAUUCUCAUUAGAACCCACAUUCAGGAGCUGGGUUGUUCACAUGAAAUAUGGAGAAAACAGUGUUAUUUUAUGUUAGUAAACUUAAUUUCCACAUGAAUGAAAUACACAAAAGUGAGAAUUAGUCAUUUAACUUGCACAGAUUUACUGUAAUAAAUAUUAAACCUUU